AUGGAUUCUCAUUCCUUUGACUACUGGAUGGCUCAGGGCAACUACAUUGCUCCCCUGCCCCACCAAGCCCCCGUCUAUGACAUGCCUCCGGAUCUGUCCAAAGUCCCCAGUCUCAGCGGAUCCCCCGUUUCGUCCACAUACGACCAAUUCCCCGCCCAAAUACACCACCAAGCCUACUACCCCCACAUUGUCGACGAGCCCAUGCAAUUCGGCUCAUAUCCCAUGCCCAUGACGCCUUCGGAUUUUGGAUCCGACCACGACAGCCCGUACUGCAGUCCGCGGCCCUUGCAACAUGUCGAGCCCAGCUUUGCAGCCGUCCACACCCCGGCGCCUGCCGAGCGAACACACACCACCUCUGGCCGCCGACGAGCUCAAAAUCGCGCUGCCCAGCGUGCGUUCCGCGAGCGCAAGGAAAAGCACGCCCGAGAUCUCGAGGCCCAGCUUGCGGUGCUGAGUGAAAAGUACACCAAACUCGAGGUUUCGCACUCUGAGCUCAACGCUGCCUACGAAAAGCUCCGAAAAACCAUUGAGCUGCUCACCCAGGACGACGACGCCGAGGGAGAAGAUGACGAGGGCACUUCAACACGCCGACGAACCAGCAACUCGGAUACGCUACGCAAGCUGCUGGAAAUACUACACGGAGAGUUCAAGGGCGCCACACCAGUCAAGACGGAGAGCUCAUCAUGA